CACACACACAUUACACGCACACAUGUGCACACUGAUACACGCCAAACACACACACACACACACACACACAUACAUCCUUACCGUGCCCCUGACGUCUCAACUGUCAAACCGACAACUUUAUAAGCUAUCUAAAUAACUCUACUUCCACGUUCAUUUACAGGAAGAAUUUUUUUUUCUGCUCUCUAAUGGAUACCUUCGAUUUGUUUUCUCCAGUUUAUUCAACAUCAUGGCACCAGUACCUCGACAUCCCUCUAUACAAAAGCGACAUUGCUGGUGGCCAUACAAGCCGUCAAAGAUGGGUCCAUGACCCUAAAUGGAGCAAGCAAGGCUUUCGGCAUUCCAUAUGCUACACUCGGGGACAAGGUGCGAGGCAGACGGCCUGUUAACCCCCAGCCACAUACACCCUACUCAUUAGGGAAGAGGAACUUAAGCUCAAGGAGUGUGCCAGGAGAGGUUUCGGAAAGUCGAAGCAGGAAAUCAAGGACACUGUCAAGGCUAUUCUGGAUUCACGCCAGGCUGUCACAAGUAGCCCUGACAACCGUCCGAGCAAACAGUGGUUGAAAGACUUCUUUAAAAGAAACCCAGACCUUUCCAGCAGGACGCCAUCAGCUCUAGGGAAGGAGCGAGCCCUGGUAACGCCGGAGGGACUGGCUGCCUGGUUUCGAGACAUGGAGUAUUUGGACAGCGUGGAUCCAACUCUCAUCACAUCACCGGAUCGGCUGUACAAUGCUGAUGAGACGGGCUUCCAUCUGUGCCCCAAGCCCCAAAAAGUGGUAGCAGUAAAAGGGAGUAAGCAUGUCUAUAACCUGUCCAGCAACACCAAGCAGAGCAUCACUGUACUUGCGUGUUGCUCUGCCAACGGCCACUACAUCAUGCCAUUUAUCAUCUUCCCCUACAAGAGAAGACCUGCAUUUGAUCUCAUGGCUAGCUUCCCAGAGGCAAAGUUUCAGAUUUCACCCAAUGGAUGGAUAAACACAGACGUGUUUAUGUCCUGGCUCAGGGACUGCUUUGUACCAGCUGUCGCUCACAAGAAGAAACCGGUUGUGCUAUUUGUCAACGGCCACACCUCGCACACUUCCAACAUUGAGGUGGUCGAUCUGUGCAUCAAGGAGCAGAUACUGCUUUACUGCCUAAAGAGCCACGCCUCACACAUUAUCCAGCCCUUGGACCAAUCUCUGUUUGGGGCCAUGAAGCAGGCUUGAGAGGAACAGUGCGAAAAGAUCAUGAAUGAAACAGGAGAGAGUGUAAGUGUCAGGACCUUCACAGCAGCACUGAAACCUGUCUGGGACGCCACCACGAGACCUGAGGUUGCCUUCAAUGGCUUUGCCAAGAGUGGGAUUUACCCACACAACCCUGAAAGGGUGGUGCACUCCGACAAACUGGCACAAAGCCGCACUUUUGCUCCAGCACCCCGGGCAGCAGCAACAGCACCACCACCAGUGGCAGUAACAGCACCCCGGGCAGCAGCAACAGCAACACCACCAGUGGCAAUAACAGCACUCCGGGCAGCAGCAACAGCAUCACCACCAGCAGCAGCACCAACGGGAGCAUCAUCUUCACCAUCACCAGUUGAACUGUCACCAGCUUCAGCAGUAAACAUGAAACGGCUGCUUGACUUUGCUGCGUUCGUUGGUCCACAAAGGAUUGACUCAUUGUGGAGUACACUCGGCACCGGAGCCGGCGGGAUUGCCGAGGAGGAGCUCAAGGAGCUUUUAUGUGGUGUUGGCUUCAGUACAUCAGCACUAUCAGCUCCACCAGCGACGCAAGCACCAGCUCCACCAGCGACGCAAGCACUAGCAACGCAAGCACUAGCACCACCAGCGACGCAAGCACCAGCUCCACCAGCGACACAAGCACUAGCAACGCAAGCACUAGCACCACCAGCGACGCAAGCACUACUAGCAAAACCAGCAGCAGGCAGCACCAUUGUCCGUAGCAUUGACAUCAUCUUGUCCCUGCCCCAAUUCCCCAGGAACAAAAGUGGUCUAAAAAAUCCUCCGAAAGCUCUUCCAAUGGCAUUAAGCGGCACAAAAUUUCGAGAGCAACUGCUACAGAAAGAAAGAGAAAGAGAAGAACUGGAGUUGGCAAAGGAAGCAAGAAAAGCUGAAAGAGAGGAGAACAGGAAGAGGAAGAUACAAGAAGCAGAGGAGAAGAAAAAGAGAGUGGAAGAGAACAAACGGAUGCGACAGCAGACGAAAGAAGAGAAAGAGGCAGAAAGGAAAAGGAAGGCUGAAGAGAGGAGGUUGAAGAAGUUGAUGGUGACCCAGUCACAGGCUACCAACUAAGUUCCUACCAACUUAAUGAAGACAUAGAGUGAAUGCUUUGAUUUUUUUUCAGCGUUUGUGUAAAUGUAAUUAAAAAUGUAAGAGUAAGACAUUAUUGUUUUAACUUAAAAAACCAAAA